CGCCACCCUCGGUGAUUUAACCCUGAGCUGCCCUCCCCGGGAUAUUUUCCUCUGUUAAUUACGCGGGAGAUUCCGUGCUGUUUUUGGUUUCUACGGAGACGCGUAGUAAACAGUUGUUUUCUGCCUGAGCCAGGAGCGCAGGUUUGCACUGUCCCGGUUCCGACUCGAACCCCAGACGAACGGUAGGAUAGGAGAUGAUUGCCCCCGAUUGGGACUAGGAGGAUACUGUGAUUCAAACGUUUUUAUAAUGCCUGCCAAAGGCAGCAAGCCCAAGACACAGAGCACAGGUGCCAAGAAGAAAGGUGGCAAGAAGGGUGGAGGUGGCAAGAAGAAGAAGAAGAAGGAGAAAGCUUCCAAAGCCCAGGUGGAAGUGGAUAUUCUGAGUCCUGCAGCCAUGUUCAACCUGUACUACAUCGCACACAAUGUGCCCUCCGCCCUUGCCUAUCGAGGUUUCCCCUGGCCAGGAAGACCCAAAAAGAAGGGAAGGAAAUAAACUGAUUAAAUAAGGAACUAUAAAGAGAAAUAAACAU